UCAGCGACUUAUCGCAUCAGCCGGAAGCUAUUCGGUUUACAGACCAAAACAUCGAGAAACAUGGCCACAUCGACAGAAUGGACUCCUUCUUUGUGGUAUGACACCUUCAAUGAACUGCUGGAUGAUGACAGUGAGCUGGACUAUGGAGACCGGUGGACUCUUAAGGUUAACUACAACAAGACAGAUGAAAUCACUUAUGAUGAGAGGAAGAAAGGCUGGAAGGUCUUCACUCACCAAGCAAACGGAAAAUUUCAGUGUGUAUCCUGCAAAAAGACCUGGGAUUCAGCGCAGGUGAGGUUGGUGUUCCGGUACCGGCUGCUGGGGGGCCAAGGGACAGUGAUUAUGCGUCCUUUUGGUCAGGCCUGUCUUCGCUGCAGAGGUGACAAAUUCAAUCUCCCUGGUUUUGACAAAAAAGAGGUGGAACAAGCCCUCCUCAGGCAGUUUUACAAAAUUCGGAAAAACUGCUACCACGAGGAGGAUGAGGAGAAGGCUGAAGACAAUGGAAGACCGUCAUCAGAGUCUGAAGCGAAGACCAAACCGCACAAGAACCACCUGUGCCAGGCAUGCCGUGUGGGCCAUUGCUGUCUGGAUGACAAGGAUGAUAACUAGAGUGUGUGUGUGUGUGUACGUGUGUAUGUGUGUGUGUGUGUGUGUGUGUGUGUGUGUGUGUGUGUGUGUGUGUGUGUGUGUGUGUGUGUGUGUGUGUAGUUUUAAGAGU